UUAACCAAUCAAAAGCGUUGUAUGCCUUUCAGUUUCGCUGGUAAAACCGCUGGUCCGUAUAAAGUCUCGCUUGGGUGACGUGGCUGGUACCAUCGGCUGUGUUUUGUUCACAUUAAUCCACUGACAGAGCUGAACGGGUGAGUCACCAUCAUUAAAUAACUUCAUCGUAUUACAAUUGUAAACUCGUCACCGUAAACAAGAACUAGACUCGGUAAAAACAAACAAAUGCAAGUGUCGGAGUGUAAAGAAAAUUGAUUUUGAUAGAGAGAGUUAAAGGACGUCUUAAACUCCGUGUGGAUUACUGAAGAUCAACUGGGUAUCGUUUUAAUGGUGAAGUUACAGGGCAUUGGUUAUUCUUAAAGAAAUUUCGUCAUUAAGUAAAAAAGACAACAUGGAAAUCGACGACGAAAGUUUUGUUGUUGGAAAAACGGUGAUUCUUGUUCUUAUUUUACUUGUUAGCAUCACUGGAAAUUUCCUUGUCUGCUAUUGCGGUGUUCACUCACAAAGAAUGUCCGCCAUGAACCAUAUUAUCGUCAAUUUAGCGGUCAGUGAGAUUGUCAUUGCUGUCGUCGCCAUUCCCAUUAAAAUCGAGCGUGGACUUGACGGGGACCUGGUUUCUGGGAGUCCAUUUUGCAAGCUUUUCGAGUACGUUCAGUCCGUAGCCUUGGGUGCGGCUGUGAUGUCGUUACUAAUGUUAAGCGUGGACCGAUACUGUUCGGUAUUUCAUCCUCUAUCAAAGAUCACCCGACGACAAGCUAAGCACAUGAUUGUCUUUUCAUGGUGUUACCCGCUGCUUUUUUCAAGUCCCGUUCUUUACUAUGUCCUCGGCGCCACUCAUCAACCUGCAGCGCUUUUACUACAAUGCGAACAAGACUUCAAUCAAGACUUUACCCAGCUUGAUAAAAUGUACUCUUUAAUUCAAUUAUGGUUGAAUACUAUACUCCCUGUACUGGCUGUCACAAUAGCCUACGUUAUCAUCACGUCGCGAUUGCUUCGUACUGGAAAGCCACAUCCGGUUAGAGUGGCGAAGGUCGGAGUUUCUCCCAAAAAAACACCAGGUUAUCCAGGGCCAAUACAUCGUAGUUACACUACAGCAAUGGACUCUAAUAUCGUACCCGUAGCUAAACGGCGAGCGGUAGUCAUGAAUCUCAUUGUCAUGUCAACAUAUCUUUUCUGCUGGACACCACUGGUGUCUCUUUAUAUCACGCGAACUUUUUACGACUUUCGAUUCGACGUCACUUUACAGACAUUGCACGAUUUGUCGUCGUUUCUGGCAUUGGCGAAACUUUGCAUAAACCCAGCUAUUUAUAGUUUCUUUGACAGCGCAAUCCGCGAUCAACUUUGUCGAUGUCGAAAGAGGAAUGUCGAACAAGUAGCGCACGCCUCUGAGAGGUGCACUCGGGGGAAACUGAGCGAGUUGAACGUCAGCAAGAUUGGACUUUAUCAAAUGUCGGUUGACUCAUCUACGGAGAUCAAAGAACCAUUACUUUGCUCUGGAGGGCUAGAUCAGCGUUUAUACAAAACACCCAGCUUUAACACGGAUAAACUUGUUGAGAUGAUCGCCAACACUCGUCGAUAUCGCAGCAUGGGCAUGUUUACGUCUAGAAGUUCGAAUAUUUGAACUUUAAUUCCCAGUGUAUCUAGACCCUAAAAAAAAAUACAUCUUAUGCUAAAGUUAACAAAUAGUAUAUUCAAUAAACUGCUACAUCUUUAUAGAACAACAGCGCCAUUAGCCCAUUCCGAAUUCUUCCAUCACCUCAUACUUUCAAUAAAAAAAGGAGAAAGCUGUCGCCGUAAAGUUAAAAACUGGAAUUAUUGGAAGGUUAUUUAAUGGCGACAUUAAAGCAAAACUAAUGACAAAACAAUAACUGCGAAAACACAGUGUAUAUAAAGAAGCCGAAGACUAUGCAGUUACUCGUGACCUGUCUGAGUACCUAAAAUAGAACCGACUGUU